CGUCAUUUGCAGUAACUUCAGCACAGCGCAGGCAGCUGCAGGAGUUCGUAGUGUGGGGAUCUUUUCUUCCUGUGUUUGUUUAUCUGAGCUCUGCACACAGAAGCAUGUAUUGUUAUUGAUCUGCAUUACAAGAUAGCAUAAUGAACCCCAAGAGGCUGUUUUACAGAGAGGAGAUCAAUAAAACAGUUUGGCAAGUCCCCGAGAAAUACGUGAACUUGAAGCCAAUUGGAAGCGGAGCUUACGGCUCUGUUUGUUCAGCCAUCGAUCUCAAAACGGGAGAAAAAGUGGCCAUCAAGAAGCUGCAUCGGCCGUUCCAGUCAGAGAUCUUCUCCAAGAGAGCUUAUCGGGAGCUCAGGCUGCUGAAGCACAUGAAGCACGAGAAUGUAAUCGGGCUCCUGGACGCCUUCACUCCUGCUGCCACUCUAGAGGACUUCCAGGACUUCUACCUGGUCAUGCCUUACAUGGACAUGGACCUGUCGAAGGUCAAGGGCGUGCUCUCUGAGGACAAGAUCCAGUUCCUGGUUUAUCAGAUUCUGAAGGGACUCAAGUAUAUUCAUUCGGCAGGAAUUAUUCACCGGGAUCUGAAGCCAGGAAACCUGGCCAUUAACGAAGACUGUGAACUAAAGAUCCUGGAUUUCGGUCUGGCAAGACAUGCAGACCCUGAAAUGACCGGCUAUGUGGUGACACGUUGGUACCGAGCUCCAGAGGUCAUUCUCAACUGGAUGCACUACACCCAGACUGUGGAUAUUUGGUCUGUCGGCUGUAUAAUGGCUGAAAUGUUAAUUGGCUGCACCCUCUUCAAAGGAAAGGACUACAUGGAUCAGCUUACUGAGAUCGUGAAGGUAACGGGGGUCCCAGGACCGGAAUUUAUUCAAAAGCUGGAGAGCGUCGAGGCAAAGAGUUACAUCAGAUCUCUGCCGCAUUUCCCAAGAAAAGACUUCUCCCUACUCUUCCCUAGAGCCAGCCCCUCUGCGGUGAACCUGCUGGAGAGGAUGCUGGUCUUGGAUGCAGAGCAGCGCAUGACGGCCGCAGAGGGGCUGGCUCACCCGUACUUCGAGCAGUACCGUGACCCAGAGGAGGAGACGGAGACUGCACCAUACGACGACACGCAUGAGAAAGCAAAGCUGACUGUCACCGAGUGGAAGAGGCUCUGCUUCCAUGAGGUGACGAGCUUCAUCCAGUUCCCACGCAGGGAGUCCAAGCGGAGGAACACUUUGGUGCUGACGUGACUCGGACCGCGAGAGGAACGACCUGGCUCCAACAUUGCUGAAUAUCUGCACCACCGAGUAACUAAACCCAGAAAAACAAACAACCACAGAAAUCUGCGACUGACCCAGAGCCAGUCCGUGAGGAACGUCAAAUGACUUCAUUUCACUUAGAAUUUCCACUUUGGGAGAGACAGUACACCUGCUGCAACACUAAAUGCAAUGUGUCAUCUUAAGAGUGAAAAUUCCAGUGCAGCUGACACAGUGUUGCUUCCAAGGCAGAGUUUGAAAUGGCACAUUUUGGUUUAUUCUUGAGUGAUCAUUACUGUGAUCUAACUCGAUAAAUACAAUUUCGGGACCAAAACUACAGUCUACUGCAAAACCAAAAAACAUUUCUUUAAACUUCUGCUCUUGUUGCUGAACUAUCCUUGCAAGGAAUAUAUUUAGGUUUACUUGAUAAAUGCAGUUUUAGCCUUUAUCCUCCAGCUCUUGGAAAGUUUUGGCCAAAUCUUAAAACGUCCCCUACAGCUGGAAAAGGAUCCGAUACCUGUCCUUCCGUUGCACAUGCUCGACGUCUCCUGGGCUGCUCUCUGCCAUCGUGGAUGUGAAAUAUUCAGCAAUAAGGGGUUUUAAUAUGUGUCCACCUUGUCAUCCUCUCUGCAACACAUAUUUAAAUAAUGCAUAAUAUAGCUUUUUGUAUUAGGGAUGGAUAGGUGAAAUGGUAGUCGUAUCAGCCCAGAGACGAUCCGACAGAGAGGAGAGGUGAUACAUUUAUUGGACAAGCCUCUUCUUCAGGUGAAAGCAGAAAAGAAGAGACCUUUGAGGUCUUCAACGCUUGUGAUUUAGUCCAAUAAAAGGGAUCCCCUCUCCUUUUCUUCGUAUUGUGAUGUAUUUCUGUGCUUUGUAAAGCUUUUUCAGGUUAUUUAUUUUGGCCACAAUUGACCCAUACCAUAUUUUGUCAAGCACACAGCAUAAUUCCCUGCCAGGUCUGUGCAAGAACACCGCAGUCUUCCACUUCAUUACCACACCAGAGGGUAUGGCCCACGACCACCACCAGCCUAUAGCAAUUGUGUGAACCAGGAUCAUUAUAACUUUUUAUACUCAUUUAAUGAAGGUUUUAUCUGCCACAGAUGUUCUCUAACAUGACUCUAAGGCAAGAGAUUGCCGAGCUUCAGAAACAAAUAGAAAUUCUUAGAAGCAUAUACAAAACCGAGCAGUUUCUUGAUAGUAGCUUUAACCAAAUUAAUAAUAACAACUGCUGUGAAGUUCUGUGAAGUAUUAAAUGUAUUGCCAGGUACUAUUAGUAUCAGUAGAUGAGUUGGUUAACAUCUCCAGCACCGCCAUGACUAACAUUUUAGAACACAGAUGGAAGGGUAUGAAUCUGCGUGUUCAUUACUGCAUGGAAAAGCCAUCAAGCUAAAGAUAGGAAGACUCUGUCCCACGCUAGAUCUUCAUACUAUUGCAACAAAUACAAAUAAUCCUAGGUUUCUUUUUAAUUCCAUAGAUAAAUUAGUAAAUCCACCUUCUAAUAUGUCUACCCCCACCAUUGAUUGCAAUGACUUCUUAAAGUAUUUCCAAAAUAAAAUACUGGACAUUAGAGAUCAGAUUUUACAGACUCCAUCUAUUAUGGACCAUUCUUACUUACCUGAACCAACUAGACCUGAUAGAGCGACGCUGGAGGCUUUUUCCUUGAUUACCUUAAAAGACCAGACAGUGUUAGUUCCGCAUGUGAAACCUGCUUGUUCCCUUGAUCCUAUCCUGACCAAAUUAUUAAAAGAUGUAUUCUGUGUUAUUAAUGCACCCAUUUUAACAAUUCUAAAUGAAUUGCUUUCCUGUGGUGUAGUCCCCUCAGCGUUUAAGGUUGUGGUGGUAAAGACCAUGCUCAAAAAAAAACAACCUGGACCCUAAAGCCUUUAACUAUAGGCCAAUCUCCAAUCUGCCCUUUUUGGCAAAGGUUCCAGAGAGAGUUGUUGCCAACCAAUUACACAAAUUUCUAGCAUGUAAUACCAUAUUUGAGAGUUUGUCAGGAGGUGUCCUAUCUUGGUUUAGUCCUUAUAUUUCUGGUAGGUUUCAGUUUGUCUAUUGGGGAGAUGAAGUCUGAUUUGUCAGAUGUUCUGCAGGGCUCUAUCUUGGGUCCUUUGUUGUUUUCAUUAUAUAUGCUACCAUUAUGUGACAUUAUCCGCAGGCGUGGCGUGAACUUCCAUUGCUGUGCAGGUGACACUCCUCAGCUGUACUUGUCUCUGGUUCCAGGCAAUCCUUCUACUGGGGUGCUAUCAGCUGCUCGCCUUGCUGACAUUGUGUUGGCUGUCACAGAGCUUCUUAAUGUUGAAUUCUGAUAAAACAGAGGCUGUGUGGGCUCACAGCACCAACUAAAGAAUAUCAGUUUACGUAAGCUAGAUCUUAGCAGUCUCUAAUCGGAACUAAAACUGGAAAUGAGAAACUUGGGGGUCAUUUUUUGUCCUAAUGUAUCAUCUGAGAACCAUGUUAGGAAAAUGAUUAAAGUAUAAUGUUAUCAUUUGAGAAAUAUAGAUAAACUUACACCUAUUAUUACUGUACCUGGCGCCAAGAUGCUAAUGCAUGCCUUUGUUUCAUCAACAAUUGACUCUUGUAAUGCACUUUUCUCUGGGAUUCCAAAAUGUUUGGUAUCAUCAAAUGCCACUCCAAGAAUACUAACUAAAACCAGAAAAAGUGAACAUAUCACCCCUAUCUUGGCCUCUUUGCAUUGGCUCCCUGUGCAGUUUAGAACACAUUAA